AGAUAGAAUCAUAACGUAGAAGUAGAUAGAUAGAGAGAGAAAGAGAGAGAGAGAGAGAGUCGAAGUGUAACAGCUCAACAAGCUCCAGAGGAUCUAGGGUUCCUCGAAUCUCUUUAUCCAACCUCUUCUUCUUCUUCCUCCCAAUUUCUACCCCUCUUUUUCUUUUUCACUCAUCGGUUCAAUUCCUUUUCAUUAUUUGAUUAACAAAAUUAGGGUUUUUUUUCUUAUUUGGGGAUUUUGCUACUUUUUUAUGAGUUUAACUAGGGUUGCUGCGAAUCUCAAUCGAUCCUUCUGAUUAAUGCCCGGAAUUACAAUUUUGAGAUAAGAAGCAGAUUUAAUUUACUCCCCUUUCCCUUUUAUUUAAAAUUUUUUUGUUACCGAUUAUUAUGCAAGGAUCGCAGAAAUCAAAAAGGGUUUCAUGGGCUUCUGAUGGAAAUCUUUGUCAGGUUAGACUAUUUCUAUCGGAAGAAUGUCCCUCACAAGUCGGGGCAAGUGCUCAAGAUCAACUUCAAGCGAAGAAAAUUUUGUCAGGCUUGCCUGUAAAUGGAUUAGUUGGGGACGACAAUCUUCCACCUGGGUUUGAAGGUUUCAAUCCUUCAAAUCAAGUGAAGAACAGGUUAGCCCAGAUUCCUGUUGUCAAAUGGCGGUCCCCUCCAAAAUUUAUAUUGGAUGUUGAGUGGCAAGUAGUCCGUGGGGAGGAAAGUAAAGAAGUGGAAAUCCAAAAUCGAAGAGAAUUGAGAGUGCUUGAAGCAUAUUAUCCACGCCAAUCUGCGAUUCCUCCAAACCCUGCUGUAGCCCCAGAUGUAGAAUGUACUAUUCAGGAUGACAAAACAUUACCUUCAGUCCCCAUUACUCCAAUUGAGGAAGAAGAUCUAUCAGGAGAUCCCUCACCUGAUAAUGCUGCUUCCAGUGCUGCUAUUAGUUCAAAUUUGUUGUCGCAAGGGUCAUAUUCUUCUUCUCAAGGUUUUCCCGCUAAUUCUAACAGUAGGACAUUUGGUGUUUCCCCUAAUUCUAGCAGUGGGAUAUCUGCGGCUGGAGUGGCUAGUUGUGGUCAAGAGGAUGCAUUAAAAGCUGCUCUUACUGCUGCAGCGAAGAGCAAUGAGCAGAUUGAUCACGACUUGCUUGUAAAAAUUCUCAGUGAUCCAACAAUUAUAGGACAAUUAGUUAGACAACAGGGUUCCAGCAUGAGCAUGGGGUCCCAGCCUGUGUUACCUAAACCAUUGGAGGGUAACAUUGCUAGGCCUCUAUCAUCUGGAGCACCUGUGUAUAAGAUGGAUCCACCACCUUCUCAGUAUAACAAUGCCGAAACAGGAUCAUCCUCAUCAGGAAUGAUGUCAAAUGGGCAUUUAUACCCGUAUCUAAAUGGCACAGGACCUAUGAGUAUGACCCAUCAGCAAUCUGUCUCACUGCUCUCUGGAGUUGUCCCUCAAGUGCUCUCUGCACAGCCUCCUUCUCAUCUGAAGGACCUCAACUACUACAAGAACUUGAUUCAGCAACAUGGAGGAGAAAGGCAUACAGACUCUCAACAUCCCUUUAUAACCCAUCCCAUCCAUCAUGGAGGUGUAGUAGAUCAAGAUGUUGUAGAUAAUUCAAAACCAAGGGAUGCAAAACAUAAGAUCAUGAAACCUUGUAUGUAUUUUAAUACUUCAAAGGGUUGUCGACAUGGAGCAAAUUGUGUUUAUCAGCAUGACAUGUCGGCUCAGCAACGAGUUACUAGUAUCUCUGAAAUGCAGAGUGCAAAGAGAAUGAAGAUGGAUAGGGAAAUUAGAGGAUCACAAUCAUACAUUUAGUUCAAACAUCAGUUCUUUUUUCGUUUCAGGUGCAAUGAUGAAGUCUCUGAUCAUAUCUUUGCAUCUCCAGAAAGUCUUGGUGCCAAAUCCUUGCUUGCAUGCUUCUCCUCCAAAUCUUGAUUCUUGGGCAUGUGCGAUGAAACCCGGUCUUUCUAUAGACCCCCAUGGUGGGGGAGAUUUUGUCUUACCUGCAGAUGGCUUCACCCUUGUGUGUAUAAUGCAGGAGGAGAGAGUUUUCAGCUUCAUUUGGCCCCUUGUAUGCCGCUUCGGCGUAUUUUAAUUUGUCUCCAGAGGGUUUAUAUCGUUUUCUGCUAAUUGAUUUCUUUACUCAUUUCAGCACACCAAUUUAAAUGUUGAAAUAAUAGUGCCUAGAUGAGUUCACAAUGACUUCAGGGAAUAUAGAUGCAGAUAAUUGUUUUGUAUAGAAUGUUUCUUUGAUAGGUUAUUCUAUCAACAAGUCAUAAUUUGGUGGGUUAAA